ACCGGAGAGAAACCAUUUACAUGCACUCAGUGUGGGAAGAGUUUUAACCAAUUAUCUCACCUUAAUUAUCACAUGAUGAUCCACACUGGAAAGAAACCAUUCGCAUGCACUCAGUGUGCGAAGAGUUUCAAGCAAUCAUCACACCUUAAUCUACACAUGAUGAUCCACACUGGAGAGAAACCCUUCACAUGCACUCAUUGUGGGAAAAGUUUUAACUGCUCAUCACACCUUAAUCAACACAUGAGGAUCCACACUGGAGAGAAACCAUACGCAUGCACUCAGUGUGGGAAGAGUUUCAACCAAUCAUCUCACCUUAAUUAUCACAUGAUGAUUCACACUGGAAAGAAACCAUUCACAUGCACUCAGUGUGCGAAGAGUUUCAACCAAUCAUCACACCUUAAUCAACACAUGAGGAUACACACUGGAGAGAAACCCUUCGCAUGCACUCAGUGUGGGAAGAGUUUUAACUGCUCAACAAACUUUGAUAACCACAUGAGGAUCCACACUGGAGAGAAACCAUUCACAUGCACUCAGUGUGGGAAGAGUUUCAGCCAAUUAUCCAACCUUAAUCUACACAUGAUGAUCCACACUGGAGAGAAACCAUACGCAUGCACUCAGUGUGGGAAGAGUUUUUACUGCUCAACAAACCUUAAUCACCAUAUGAGGAUCCACACUAGAGAGAAAUCAUUCACAUGCACUCAAUGUGGGGAGAGUUUCAGCAAAGCAUCAUCCCUUAAUAAACACGUUGAAGGAACUCAUGGGCAUAUUGCAGUGGUCAACACGAGUUGAAUCUGAAAUCUUGGGCAUCUGCAAAUUGUCUCAGUCAUUGAACUGGCUUAAGGGCUUAAACCAUCACGAUAACAAAGCACCAAUUGAUUUUGGGUUAUUCUGACCAAUACUCUGGCUGCAGAUGUUCCAGGUACCCUUCAGCAAAAUUAGUAAAUGAUUUAAACUAAACAAAGGGGCUUUACGGGA